ACCGACUCACCCUUCAUUUGUACUUCUUGGGUCUCUCUCAAUUCUUUUCUCCUCCUUCCUCCUCUUCUUCUUGAACUUCUUCCAUUAACAAAAUUCAAGCUUCUAAGAGAAAAAAAGAAUGUCUGCAACUAAUAAUGUUUGUUGCUUGUGUGGUGAUAUCGGUUUCCCUGAUAAACUCUUUCGCUGCAACAAAUGCUGUAACCGCCUUCAACAUUCUUAUUGUACUAACUACUAUGAUGAUUCGUCAUCGGUAGCGAAUGUAUCGUGCGAUUGGUGUCUACACGAAGAGAGAGGCAGUAUUACUACCGCCACUGCUGCAACUUCUGGAAAGAAACAAAUCUCUUCUUCUGGCAAAAGAUCUUCGUCGUCUAGCAGUGGUAAAGAUCAUGAGUAUAACUCAUCAGGUGAGAAGAUUAAAAAAAAUGAUAAAGAAUCAACUACUAGUACUGAUCAAAGUAAGGGAAAGAAUAGUGGUUCUCCAUCUCCAAGAACUGCUGGCCGGAGAUAUAAAUUUCUGAAGGAUGUGUUAUGUUGAUCAUGAAAGGAUCAAUCAGUAUGUUAACGUGAAUAUCAUCACGAUCGUAUCAUCAAGAGUUAUAUAUUUAAUUUCCAUCUAUAUAUAUUUUUUUUGUUUAAAUGUAUGUUUCAUGUGUAAUGGAACUUUAUAACUAGAAACAUGUAUCAGGUUUUAUUUAUUGUGAUAAAAAUCUUCUUAAUUAAUUAAUGGUGA